UAUAAACCGUUGAGACUAACCUUUAUUUUUCGUGUCAAUAACAAAAACAAGAACCUAAGCAAAUUGUGCGCGGUUGAAUCCCAGAAUUUAAAAAUUCUAAAUCAUGAUUUACUCGUGAUAACAGUUGUUAAAAUAAUUCUUAUGUCGAUCGACAAAAUGGAAUUACCGGAGAUCAAGGAGGAAAUCGAAAGUUACGAGUGUUGUGGUCUAAUAUGUCGGCUAUGUUUGAGCGAAGAAUCACUCGAAGAUGUGUUCAAGGAUGGCUUCUUUCACGAGUGGAUAGGUGAUUUCCUCUCAAUUAAGAUUACUACCAAUGAUCGGUUGAGUCAAGCCAUCUGCGCCAUAUGUCGCAUUCGGUUGACCGAGUUCCACCAGUACCGUAUUCGAUGCCACGAAGUGCAAGGAGUACUGCAAGCCUUAGCCGAUGGGACAUCGGUGAGUACUAAUGUCGCACUACUAGUGGACCCCAAUGCUGUUAAUCAGUUACAGCCUAUCGUAGAGAAGAAGGAUCCCCUAAACCAGUGCGAACUUUGUCGGAAGGUGUUCAAAGAUGAGACUGAGUUGAACAAUCACAAGAGUAUUCAUGCGCCUGAAAUAGUAUUGUGCUCGAGUUGUGGAGAGUUGUUUGAAACUCGAGAACAGUUGUACAAGCAUCUGGAAAGUCAGACGACGGGCUGCGAUGUGGAUCAGAAACACUCUCUUGUAAACGCGAAUCAGGUCGACGAAGUAGAUUCUGCAACUGAACCACUAGCGCCACAAGCACAGGAAGUUGAAUCCAAGGUCGAAUCAGAAUCUAAAGUUAGUAGCGAAAUAGUACAGCUGGAUAGUGAUUCGGAGAAUUCUGCUAAAGAAUCUUCCGUUAAAUCACUAGCACAGAAAAAUGGACCAAAAUCUACAGUUAGUACUGAAAUAGUAAAGCUAGACUCCGAUUCGGAGAAUUCCGAUGCAGAAUGUUCCAUUGGAUCUUUAGAACAGGAAACUAGACCAAAAUCUAGAGCAAGUAACGAAGAUAACGAUUCCAAAAACUCCGAUCCAGAAUCAGAACAAGAUCCGCUGGGUUUCGAUCCAUGUAAGGAAGAUGUAAGCGCUGUUGAUAAUCUGGACGUAGAGAUGGAAGUUGACGAAGGAGAGGACAAAUUUGAGGAUGAAAAUAUGUCCAUAUUUUCAGAGGAUGAAAAAUACAGCAGUGAUGAUUCUUCUAUAUCUCCCAGCAAAGCAGUCAGAAAUAAGAACAAGGGAAACGUAAACGGAUCGAGAGACCAUGAGUGCCGCGUUUGUGACAAACAGCUUUCAUCAUGGGAAGAGUUGCUGAAACAUUGUGACACCAAGAGACAUUUGAAUAAAGUGGAAAAAAUUCGAAUCAGUGGCAGCGAAAGUGAUUCUUCGUCGAGUGUGACAAGCAACACAAUAUCAGACAAAACAGACACCGAUAAGUCUGAUCAAUCUGAACAAGCAUCUGAUGACAAUGAUAAUGAAGAUGAUGAUGAUGGUAAUAAGGCAGAUGAUGAUACCUAUAACAAAAAUGAAGAGGGGAGAUACGCUUGUUCAGAAUGUGGUCGUACAUUUACUCGGCAAUGUCAAUUGAAAUACCACAAGGCGAUUCAUGACGAGAAUUACGACGGAGAACUAUCCGAUGAGGACUCUAGCAUGCCAGCCUUCAGCUCCGACGAUUCAGCUACCGAUCAAGAAGGUGAAAACGAACAGGAAGAUAAACAGGAACAGGAACCAGAAGAUAAACUUGAACCGGAUCAGACACAAGAAGAGGAACAAGAUCAGACAAAGGUCCAAGAACAGAAACGAGAACAGAAGGUGAAACAAGAACAAAAACAGACAAAGGAACAGAAGCAAAAACAAGAAUAUCGAUGCGAAAAAUGUGAUAAAGUAUAUCCUCAAAAGUCGAAAUUAAACAGUCACAUGAAAAAUCACAAAUCAAAAAGGAGUGUCAAGAAAUCGACAAAGGCUACAGACAAGCAAACAAAGAACCAGGACCUGAAACAACUGACAAACAAUCACUGCGAUAUAUGCAAUAAAACUUAUGCGACUAAGGAAAAAUACACCAGUCACAUGACAUAUCACAGAUUAAAAGAGGAACCUAAACAGCAGGAAUAUUCAUGUGAAGAAUGCGAUAAUGUAUUUUCGAUGUAUAGGGAUCUAUACAAUCACAAGAAAUAUCACAAAGCAUUGCAGCGAUUCAAACCAACCGCCGAUACCGGGGCGAAUUCAGACAAAUCAAUCGAAGCUAAUUCCAACGAACAAAACCUGACAACCGAUGGAGCCGUAAAGAAUGCUACUAAUGAAACUCAGCCGUUUCAGUGCGAUUUUUGCUCUAAACCAUUCGCAACUGCGAAGUUACUGCUUACCCAUAGAAGAAACAUACAUGGUCCCAGAAACCAUAAGUGUGACAUUUGUGACGUGAACUUUACUGUACGUACGCGUAUGACACAGCAUGUGUACAGCAAAAAACAUUUAAAACACUUAAAAGAGAAAUGGGCAAAUGAAAACAAGCCGUCCUCGAAUGAAAAUGAACCCGACGAGAGGGGAAAAAAUGUAAAGAAGAUCAGUGAUGCCGAUUUGUUGAAAAAUGAUGAAACUUUUGCUAAAUACAAACAUACGCGACGGAUGGAAAACUUCAACCAGCAAAGCAAGUGCGAUGAAUGUGAGAAGGUGUUUCCAAAUGUGUGGAGCUUAGCUAAUCACAAGAAAUAUCAUAAACCAAUGACGAUUGAGUGUAACAUAUGUGGCAAACCAUGCCACAACUCAGCUGUACUGAAAAAACAUCUCGUAACGCAUCAAUCUGUCGAAGAACGCCAGCGUGCGAAACCACCGAGCGAUGGGAAACCCCCUCCGAGACCUUCCAAGUGUGAAUUUUGCCAAAAUACGUACAUGACGCAUUCUGCCCUUUGGGCUCACGUUCAAAUGAAGCAUAAUAAGAAACCUGCUCACGAAUGCGAAAUAUGCGGGUUCAGUUCUCCGUUAAAACAGUUUAUUACAAGGCACAUGAAGGUUCACAUUGCACGUGGACACACCAAGGAGGACUUCCAGGUGUUGAGAAAGCUGGCGCCCAAAAAAGGCAAAGCAAAGAAUCGAAAAAACGAUGAAGAUGAUGAUGAUGGUGAUGGAACAAAGAAGGAUGAAUCAAGCAGUAAGAAUGGAAAGACGACCACAACAAAAUCUGCGAAGCCUUCUGUUGAACUGCCUUUUCCAUGCGAUAUAUGCGAGCAAUCUUUCGAAACACAAGUACUGCUAUUUCGUCACAAACGGUACCUGCACAAAUCGAAACGGUUCAAAUGUCCCGUUUGUGACAAGCGGUUUGCUUACAGAAAACAACGGAAUAUGCACAUGAAGGGCCACAAUAAGUUGCAAUCUGACACCGUAAAGGAUUUUGAGUGUGAUGAAUGUCACAAAAUCUAUCCGACGUGGAAAUCCUUGUAUGCGCACGUGGCCAAUGGACAUGUCAAGCGGAAAACCCUCAGUGAGGAACGAACCGUCCCCUGCCAGAAAUGCAACAAAAUGUUCCAAACGCAGACGCAGAAAGAUUUGCACUUCAGAACUGUCCAUGCAUCGGUGGAAUACAAGUGUCACAUUUGUGACAUAGUGUUUCCGAUACGUAUAAAACUUUGGGAGCAUAUGACCCAUAAACAUGAAAACAAACCGACCGCCAGUAGUGCUUCCAAGCCCGAUGAGUCCAUAGAGGAAAGUGUGGAACAAUCCGAGCAGAUAGAUGUUGGAAGAAACGAUCAGCCUAUUGAAAAAGAGACAGCCGAGAAAGCGGAAAGUCGGAAGCGACCUCAGAGAAAUGUGAAAACAAGAAAAUACGACAAAAGUGUGGAACAAUCCGAGCAGAUAGAUGUUGAAAGAAACGAUCAGCCUAUUGAAAGCGAGACAGCCGAGAAAGCGGAAAGUCGGAAGCGACCUCAGAGAAAUGUGAAAACCAGAAGCGACGCAAAACGAAGAAGAUAGUGACGCAAUUAUUUUAGGACUGACGUACGUGAAUAGGAUUCAGGAAUCAUUGAAGCCGGUCAAUAAAAAAGUACACGAGGUGUUCACCGAAGGUGUCUGUACCCUAUGAAACCGAAUAAAUAGUAGAAUAAA